AUGAAGCCCCUCGAAAUCUCUGGAACGACAGGAGAGGGUGGCGGACAAUUGGUGAGGACAGCUAUCGCUCUUUCAGCUCUCACCGGCCAGGCAGUAACCAUUUCCGAUAUCAGGGGUGGACGUGAGCGCGGAGGUAACCAGCACGCCACGGCCAUACAGUUUCUGGCAGAGGCAACAGACGCAGACGUCGAGGGCUUGACCGUGGGAUCGAAAACAGUCACUUUUUGCCCCCGUCGUGGUCCAGCUGAUCUCCUUCGGCGAAACAUCAGCAUCUCGGCCGAAUCUGGUUCAGCCAGUACGCUGCUCAUCCUGCAAGCGAUUCUGCCUUUUCUGGUGUUUGCAGGCAACGAAUCUGACGAGCCGGUGGAGCUCGAGAUAUCAGGAGGCACAAAUGUGUCCUUUUCCCUCAGCUUCGAGUAUCUGGAUCAAGUGCUUCUGCCUACUCUGGAGGAUCGCUUCUCCAUCCGCGUCGAGAGGAGGCUGAUCAGACGCGGCUGGAGCCUUGGUCCCCAGUCAAGAGGCAAGAUAUGGAUCAAGCUUUUCCCUUUGAAGGCAGGACAGAGCCUGCGGUUCAAAGCCCCUGAGCGCCCACAGGCCUGUGAAGUCAAGUCUAUCGACGUCAGCAUGGUUGUGCCUAUCAGCGUCCAGGAGAAGCUCCAGGCAUCACUCACAAAGGACCUGGCGGGCCUAUAUCCCGGGUCAGAUGUCCAUUUUAAGCUGGUUGAGGACUCGAACCUCGAUUCACGGUGGUACAUCCUCCUAGUGGCUCACUCAGGGUCAGGAAUCCGAUGGGGACAUGAUUUCCUCGGAUCCAUGCCCAAGAAGACCAAGAAUAGGGACAACUUUGCGGCGCAGAUCUCUAGCAAGGUAUGUCGUGGUCUAUAUGGGGAGACAUCUGCAGGAGGCCAGGCAGAUAUCCAUCUUCAGGACCAAGUUGUUGUGUUCCAAGCACUCUGCGACGGCUACUCCUCUCUUCCUCGAAACGACGAAUCUUCGCCCGACAUUCUCAUCGACGCAAUGGGCAACCUAGACAUCGGCAACGGACGAAUGAGAAAGGAAAAGACGCAUGAACCCUUUGGACAUGGUUCACUGCACGCGCAGACGGCGAGAUGGCUGGUCAGCGAACUGCUUCCGAGUGUCGAGUUUUACAACAAAGGCGAUUUAGUGAAGGGCACCGGCACCAAAGUCUAA